AUGCAUGCACUCGACGAAAAUCCUGAUCGACGUUUCAUUUAUGUUGAAAUAGGCUUUUUCCGGCGUUGGUGGAAUCAUCAAACUAAAGAUAUGCAAAACAAAGUGAAAAAGUUUGUUAAUGAAGGUCGUCUUGAAUUUAUUUCUGGUGGUUGGUGUAUGAAUGAUGAAGCAUCAACUCAUUACAGUUCUAUUAUUGAUCAACAUAGCUUAGGUGCUGAAUUUUUACAUGAACAAUUUGGUGAAUGUGGUCGACCAAAAAUCGGUUGGCAAAUCGAUCCAUUUGGUCAUUCACGUGAACAAGCUUCAAUUUUUGCACUAAUGGGUUUUGAUGGUUUGUUUCUUGGUCGUAUUGAUCAUGAAGAUUAUACGACACGUUUUAGAACAAAAACUAUGGAAAUGGUUUGGAAAGCAAGUUCUAACUUGGAUCGUCAAAGUUGGUUAUUUACUGGUGUUUUACCUAAUCGAUAUGUUCCACCAGACUCGUUCUGUUUUGAUCAAAGAUGUUCAAAUGAUCCUAUCAUGGCACAAGGUUAUGCUACUAAUCAUAUAAUUAUGACUUUUGGUGGCGAUUUUCAUUAUGAAAUUGCACAUGAAGCUUUUAAAAAUAUAGACAAAUUGAUUGAAUAUGUUAACGCUGAGCAAGUUAAUGGUAGCAUUAUUAACGUUUUCUAUUCAACACCAUCAUGUUAUUUAUAUGCUUUGAAUAAAGUUGAUCGUGCUUGGACUACGAAAACUGAUGACUUUUUUCCGUAUGCUCGUUAUUCUAAUGGAUAUUGGACAGGUUAUUUUACUUCACGAGCAACUUUGAAACGAUAUGAACGCCAUUCAAAUAAUAUUUUACAAGCUACACGACAACUCAAUGCAUUUGCUAAUCUAAAUGAACGAAAUAAUCUAUUUGUUUUAAGUGACGCAAUGGGUAUUGUUCAACAUCAUGACGCUAUUACUGGUACAGAAACAGAAGAGGUUGCUUUUGAUUAUGCUCAACGAUUGUCCAAUGGCAUUGGUGUAGCCGAAAAUGUCAUCAAUAAAGCUUAUUCUAAACUUUUACCUAAAGAUGGUCGGUCUCCACCAGCAUCGAAUCAAUUUCUUUGUCAAUUAUCAAACAUCAGUCAAUGUUUAGAAAUCGAUGGACAAGAACGCUUUACGUUGACACUUUGGAAUCCAACCAUUCAUCCAAUUGUUCAACAUGCUCGUGUACCUGUUAAAACAGAUUAUACAAUUCGUGACCCAACAGGACAAACAGUUUUGUCUGAGCUAAUCCCUGUUUCACAAGCAAUACAGAACAUUCCAGGUCGAACAAGUAUUACCCAAAAACAAAUUAUUUUCAAAGCUAGUUUACCAGCUCUUGGUUUUAGCACAUACUAUUUCGAAAAGAAACAUGGAGAGGAGCAAAAACAGUCUAAAAUAAACAUUACAUAUAAUGAAGCAUGCGUUUUACAAAAUCAAAAUAUUCAAGUAGAAUUCGAUGAUCAAGGCAACCUACAUCAAAUCUUUAAUUUAAAUAAAAAUAUUAGUGUAUCAUUUAUCAAUCAAGGUUUCUAUUGGUAUCCAGGUUUUCCUGGUAAUAAUUCACGAUCAAAAUCUCAAGCAUCAGGUGCUUAUAUAUUCAGACCAUUAACACCAAAUGCAUUACCAGUUAGUCAAACACGUUCAAUAACAUGUAUAAAAACAGAAAAUGUUCAAACAGCGAUUAUCGAAUUUAAUAAUUGGGCAAGUCAAGAACUAAGUUUAUAUGAUGGAGGAGAAUUUGUUGAAGUUGAAUGGACAGUCGGACCAAUACCAAUAGAUGAUGAUAUUGGUAAAGAAAUUAUCAUUCGUUAUGAUACUGAUAUUGCAAGUGAAUCAAAAUAUUAUACGGACGCAAAUGGACGUGAAGUUCUUGAAAGAAAACGAGAUUAUCGGCCAACAUGGAAUUAUACAGUUACUGAAACAGUGAGUGGAAAUUAUUAUCCAAUAAAUAGUCGAUCUUUUAUUCGUACAGAUCGAUCAGAAGGUGGUAGUAGUAUCCAAGAUGGCUCUAUUGAGAUCAUGGUGCAUCGACGUCUUCUCUACGAUGAUCAAUUUGGUGUGGGCGAACCAUUGAAUGAAACGGCAUAUGGUGAAGGUCUUGUUGUUCGUGGUCGACAUCUUCUUAUUGUUGAACCACCUGCUUCAAGUGCACGAUAUCAUCGUGUAGGCUCUCAACGUUUAUACAUGCAUCCAAUUGCUACUUUUUCAUUAAUUGAACAAGAUUAUGAUAUUUAUUCAGCUGCUUAUCAUCAAACAUGGUCAGCAUUAAAUGAUACGUUACCAUUAAAUGUUCAUUUAUUAACACUAGAUCAAUUGGGACCAAAAGAUUAUCUUGUCCGUGUUGAACAUUAUUUUGAAUCAUUUGAAGAUGAUACAUACUCACAACGAUCUACAUUUGAUUUACAAUCAUUGUUUAAAUCGAUUGGAACAAUUAGUAAUACAGUUGAAUUAACACUUGGUGCUAAUUUACCAUUAGCUGAUAUGAAACGACUUAAUUGGUCGACCAGUGAUAAUAAAUCAUCUCAUAGAACGGUUCUAACGAAGAAUUCGUUAUCAAAUACAAAUAUUAUGCUUAUUCCGAUGCAAAUUCGAACAUUUCAAGUGACAGUGGGGAAACUAUCAGAAGCAAAUGCACUGCAACUUUAUGGUGUAAAAUCAAAACUUCAAUCGAUUCGAUUACGUCAUCAAAGUGCUGAUCAUGGAUUAAUUAGAUUGUAUAUUUGGGAUAAACCAACAAAUAAUGGACUACAACUAUCUCCCAUGAAAAUUAUUGGAAACCGUUGGGGAGCAAUGUUGACCAACAGUAUUCUUCGAUUAGAAAAUCAUACUGAAGAAGCGAAAGAACAAAAUAUGCCAAUGUAUUAUAUUCCAUCAAGAUCCGACUAUCAUUUGCCAUUUUAUGGUCAAGUUAAUGAAUCAUCUUAUUUUCAAACAAGUCAAAUAACACAUGUUGGUAUGAUCAUUGACAAUAACCGUGAAUAUUUGAAUUUUUAUGAUGAUGUUCUUGGUUUUCGACGUACUCGUGAUGAAACAACUUGCACAAGUACUUUUGACAAACCUAGCAAUCGAAUGAUAUUCAAUCUUCAAGAACAUGAAAGUUAUGCGACCACUGAUUUUGACGACCCUCGUUCAUCAACAGACGACCCUCAACAAAUGCAUUCAGGACGAUUAAAAAUUAUUCAUUUUUCAGACAAAACUCAAUUGGAUAACAACAUCUCUUAUGCUAAUCCGGGCUCUCUUGGUUAUUCUCUCUAUACAUUAAGAGUUAAUUCUAUUCAAAUGUCUCAUGAAAAAUUCGAAACAGUAAUGCAACUGAUAUAA